AUGAGCAGUAAGUACACCGAGAAAACAAUUCCAGAGCCAGAAGACAUAUGCCUGACAUCAACUGAAUUCUUAGAAGUGCUUGGUUCAAAAUAUAAAGCUGAAAUACAGCGAGAGUACAAUCUCGUUCAGUUCAGCAAUAAUCCUUCUAAAUACGAAAGACAAGGCUUGAAUGCAUAUCUUGAGCCAGACACAGUCACUCAAGAAGAGAUCGUUAUCCCUUCGAUGCAUAGAGAAGAGUUGGAACGAAUGGCAUGCGAAUCAAGAAUAUCAGUGGGAAUUGAUAAACUCAAUAAAGAUCCUGGAAUAAUGAUUAUCUUGGUCAAAGGCACACAAACAGCAAUAGCAUCUUUCAAGAGACUGCUUGGCAGUAUCCACAACCACUUGCCAAACGAAAUAAAAGACACCGACACAUUCAAACUCAUUGACAUCCCAUACAUAAUGGAAGACUCCAUCAUUGGAAAGAACGGCACAAACAUAUACAAAAUCCAGAGAGACUUCAAUGUUGCAUUGAGAAUCAUCAGCGGUGAGCCAUCAUAUAAAACUCUUCUUGUUUCUGGAGAAAACAUUGCAAAUGUGCAGGACGCAUGCAAGUGUAUUAUGGACAUACUGUACAAGAAUGCUAAUUAA